GUUUCUUUUCUUGCACCAUGUCCUCUGCCGCGGCACCGAAGUCGGUUGCAAAAGCAAGACAAGGCUUGAAGGUACAUGCACAGCGGCCGUCGUCUAACUGGCUUGCUCUUCAGAAGAAACUGCCUUCUGUCCCUUCAAAAACACCAGGAGAAGCGAAUAAGUCCUCUUCAUUGGCGGAUGUCCGAAGUAGGAAGCGGAGGAAGCUAGAAAGUGAUAGUGUUCGUUCCUCACCCACCGCAUUCUCCGCCGGCGACACCUUUCCUCGGGGCUCCUCCCCCUCUGCACCCUCACUUCGGUCUCCACCCAUGACGAUACCCCCGAACGACCUCAGCACACUCAACACGCGCACCAGCGAGCCCCUAUCCUCGCUACGCGCCAUGAUCGCCGGCACGCUCGCCGUGCCAGCCUCCCACACGCAACCAGGCAAGUACCUCUCGCUCGACUGCGAGAUGGUCGGCGUCGGGCUCGAAGGCGCCGAGUCUGCCCUCGCGCGCGUCUCGCUCGUCAACUUCCACGGCGUCGUCCUCCUCGACGUGUUCGUCCGCCCGAAGGAGCGUGUCGUCGACUAUCGCACACAGUUCUCUGGUAUCCGUCCGCGCGACAUGGUCAAUGCCAAAUCGUUCGAAGAGGCUCAGAAGGAGGUGGCGGAUCUGCUCGAGGACCGGAUACUCGUCGGGCAUGCUGUGCAUAAUGACCUCAAGGCCCUGCUCCUCUCACAUCCCCGCCCGUACACACGCGACACGCAGAUCUACGCAUUCAGGCACAAUCUCACGCGCUCGCGCCGCAUCGCGCUGAGGCACCUCGUCCGCCAGGAGCUCGGCGUGGUGAUCCAGGAGGGUGAACAUUCAAGUGUCAUCGAUGCGCGGGCAACGAUGGCUGUUUACCGGCUGCAUCGGCGUGAGUGGGAGAAGGGCCAUAGUCAUAAGCCAUCGACGGGUGCUAAAGGGAAGAAGCGCGCGCGGGCGGACGUCGAGGCGGAGGACGAUGAGAAGGGAGAUGAUGAGCGGGAGUCAAUGACCGACGACACGCGGAGCAAAGCGUCGACAUCCAAGAAACACAGGACGAAUGCUACCGAGUUCCCCGGCGGUGGGCGGAAAGGCAUCAGCUCGGGCCUGUCGGUGGUCGUGCGG